AUGUCCCAAUCGUAUCAUACAGUCAUUGUGACAGAGUACUUUGUUGAUCAAGAAAAGUAUUUCUAUUGGAUUCUGUUACAUAUGUACACAGUAUUAUGUACUGGAACAAUUAUAAUGUUGGGAAUAGGUACAAUGCUCAUUACAUAUAUUCAGCAUAUUUGUGGAAUAUUUAAAAUUGCUAGCUAUCGCAUUGAACAUGUAGUAAACGUUAAUACUCCACGAAACAUUACGAUAAAAAGAAAAAUUUUGAUGAUCGAAGGUAUAAUUUGUGCCGUAGACAUUCAUCGUCAAGCUAUGAAAAUGACGAAACAUUUCAUGACCACAUUCGAAAUAAUGCUAUCUUGUUUCACGGGAUGUGUAGUAGUUUGUUUUAGUUUUUAUUUGUAUCAACCGAGACCAUUAGAGACUAAUCCCGUGGACUUAUCGGUUCUCACCACACCAUGA